CUUCUCCUCCCAACACACCACACUACCAUGUCCAAGUCCACACCCUCCUUGAAGCCUGACACUGUUGGCUCACUCAUUUUUUGCCCAGAGUGCGGCAAUCUGCUCGAUAUCCCAGGUGAGGACGAUCUUAUUGUGUGCAACCUCUGCAGCUACACCCACCAGAGUAUCGAUUUUGAGAACUUUGAGGUUGUGACAACUAGUAAACCCGGAGCCUUCCCUUCUACACUCAGGAAUAAGCGGGAUGAUGUUCAGAGCGACAUCAAGGACGCCGCAGCAGCAUUAGUCAAGGAGCCUUGUCCAAAGUGUGGCAACCCUGAGAUGGAGUAUCACACCAUGCAGCUGCGCUCUGCAGAUGAAGGUCAAACUGUGUUUUACACAUGUCCGAAGUGCGCGUACAAGACAAAGCUCAACAGCUAGAAACCUUCAACUUUGUCAAACACGAUUGCGCAACUACACCAUUAAAAAAGCUGCA